AAUGCCUUUUCACGCAGCUGCAGUGGAUUUACGAACGGCUACAACGGGCGUUAAAAUUACCAAAACAUUACGAUAUGAUGUUAUGAUUCGAUAUUGGAGUCGGGUACUAAAAGAACGUUUAUCGUUUAAAAUGCUUGAUCAACUAUUAACACGAAUGCUCAAUUCUCAGUCUGAACACCAUCAACUUGAUGCUCAUCGUUAUCAUUAUGAUCAAAUGACUCAGGAAAAUUAA